CAUAUCUUCAUCACUGCUAAUGUAUGCAUACGAUGAAGACAUUGUGGAUGCCGUUGCUGUUGAAUGUGUUGAACUUGAAGGAUAAACAUAUUUUGAUGCAAGUAAGAAUGUCAUCUAGUCAGUUUACUGUGGAAUCUUAUUAUCUGCCCGACCUAUCAGAUAUGUACGACGAUUGCGAGCUGUUUUGGCAAACUGCAACGGAAGAACUGCAUUCUACGGAAAUAUGUGCAGUAACAGAUGAGGACGAAAAUGGUGAUGGCAUUGAUUCGUGGAAGAUUCCAGACGAUUGGUUCGUUUUCAACAACGAACCAAUUUUGUCGAAUUCGUCCAAAGAAACCGAGGAUCUUCUGAACACGUAUCAUCCAUCCCUUCCUCCUAUAUCUAUGGCUUUCCCUCUUCCUUCAGUUAAGAAUUCUGAAUACGUGGAACUUCCCGAUGAUGAACUCUGUCCAGAAUUUGAUUCACUCGAUGAUAUUCCAUUAAGUAUUGUCGAAAAAGAUGAUAAACAAGAGGAAAAUCCACAGGAGAUUAACGUUGAAAUCCAUUCGUCAAAGAUGGAACUUGAAGAGGAACGAGCUAUAAGUGUACAGGGAGCUCAGGAGGUGUCGCCCAAUGUAGCUUUUUCGAAAUCCCCAAUAAAAAUGUUGUCAGUUACAGUGGAAUCGACUUCGAAUCGAGAUAACAGUUCGUCUAAGUAUACGUUUUCCGAUAUUUUAAUCCGCGGCGAUUCGAAAUAUAAACGUAGGAAAACUGUUCGCGAGCUGCUGUUGGAUAGACAGCAGCACAUGAUCAUCCAUCGCAUCUGUGGCAAUAAUCAGAAAAUUCGAAUGGAAAAUUCGAAGAAGCCCAUUAAUGGUGUCUGCACCGUGAUUCCGAUAGAAAACAAGGAUCUAGAAUUGUUUGAAAACGAUUCCAGAAAGUCUAAAAAUCGUUCCGCUAUCGAGUUUUCGGAAGUGUCAUCUCAUUUGUCUUUAAAUGAAGUUCCGAGAUUCAGGCAUGGAAAAGUGGAUGCCAAAGAACACAGACCUCGCCAUUACGAAAUUGAAGAACUCAAAAUAGGAAAUUUUGUGAAUCCUGGAUCUCACACAAUGAAUAAAUGCUCGUUAGCAAUAGUAAUCAUUUUUGAAUAA